CUGCUGCAGGGCAAGAGCAUACAUUAUCCCAGCGGUUAUCCGAUGACGCGCUCACCGCCCUUCCUCGUCAGCUCCUCGCCCGGCCCGGAUCCCUACCGCUCGAAUGACAACGUCUACGAGGAGCUCGGCCCCGGCCGCGUGGACUCCGAUGGGGAGUCGGAGCCGCCGCUGCACUCGGACGACGACUUCGCCGAGGACGAGCUGUCGCUGCCAGGCGAAUGCAGCUUUCACAAGGAGGCAAACAGCACGCUGCUAACGGGCGCCGCUGCCCCGGCCACGCCUUAUCACGAACGCGCUGCGGGCAGCAGCACCAGCAGCGCUGCCGUUGCGAGUGCUGCGGCAGCAGUUGCGGCCACUGGCAGCCAGGUGGCGCCACCGCCGCAGGAGCGACACAGCGUGCUCAGCUCGAGCUCGUCGACGGCGCACGAUGCGUCCACGGCCAGCGCGUCCACCAGCAGCAACCCCCACAACAGCCACAACAGCAACAACAACAACAACAACAGCGACAACAAUGAGCUGGCUAGCGGCGGGCCGAUGCGUCGCACGCAGCGCAGUCGGCAGCAGCGCGCGCAGGACGAGCUGAACAACAGCAGCUCCACGGCGGACAUUGCGGAUCUGGCGCCGCUGUACGACAAUCGCAGCAACAUGAUGUCCCUCGGCUACUUGGCCCGUUCGACUGCGCCCCAGUUCUACAACACGCUCGAGCACGAGGUGGAGCGCCGCAAUCGGAUUAACGCGCAGCUCAGCCAGGCGCCAGCGCCGCCGUUGGCGACCAUCUACCGGGAGCGCAUCCGC